AUGCAGCAGGGCCUUACUAACAACAUCAGGUGGCAAUUACAGACAGCAGCAGCAGCAACUGAUGCAGCAGCAGCAACUGAUGCAGCAGCAGCAACUGAUGCAGCAGCAGCAGCAAAUGAUGCAGCAGCAGCAGCAGCAGAUGUGCCUAUAGCAGCAGAUGGGGCAGCAUCAGCAGAUACAGCAGCAGCAGACGCUGAUGCAAAUACAGCAGCAUCAGCAGCAGCUGCAGCAGCAGAAUCAGAUAACCAUACAGAACAGCAGGCAGCAGGGGCAGCAUCAGCAGCAGCAGAUGCAGAAGCAGCAGCAGCAGCAGCAGCAACGGAAAAGGAAGCUGCAGCAGAAACAGCAGCAGCAGCAGCAGAUGCAACGUCUCCCCCUGCAGAUCUAGACACAGAGGAUGAUCGCAGCAAGCGGCAAUGA